UGCCUGUGCACCGCUUCAAACCGAGUCCACAGCCCGGUGAGUCCGACCUCUGUCCAGCUUACAUCAGGACCAGUUAACACCGGGACCUACAGGCGUGCUCACGGUGUAAUGUGCUACUAUUUCAUUAUGCUGAGAGCAGACGACGCAGAGAUGUGGGACAGCCCUGAUCGGCGGGUUUUCGGAGGAGAGGGGAAGAUGAUGCUGCUGCUGCUGAUGCUGAGGCUGCUGCUGCUGAGCGCCGCCGGCUGCAGCGGGUCGCUGUAGUCAGUCUGCACAGAGCGGAGGGAAGCUGCUUCAACACCGCCUGUAUAGACCGUAAGGGUUCACUCACGCUGACCUGGACCAUGAGCAAUGAUUUGCCUGUUCUGACAAGUCUGACUGAGAACUCCACUGAUGUGCCUGUGUCAGCAGGCCAGGUGGAGAACUAUGUGCUGCUGUUGGUGCUGCUGAGUGUUUUUGCUGGGGGGACGCUGGUCCUGCUCUCCCUGCUGCUUCUCUUCUGUCACCGCUGCUGCAUGGGUGGAAGACGCUACUCCAGAGCCAGCGAUGACCCGGAGAAGACAAACACUACCUAUGCUGAGGAUUCUCAGCCCACCCAAGAGAUCACCAUUCGUCUGGAUGAAUCAGACGCUCUCUCAGCUUCGAGCUGUCACGAUGGAGAGUCAGAACGAUUUGUUUCCACUGGGUCUACUGGCCGCAGAGUCUCCUUCAACGAAUCUGCACUUUACGAACAGGAGAAGACGACUCAGGACAAAGGACGCAGGUAUACUCUGACUGAAGGAGACUUCCACCACCUGAAAAAGGCCAGGCUGACCCACCUGCACCUGCCACCAGCCCCCUGUGACCUUAAAAUCCUCACCAUCAUGGAGUGUGACUCAGCGGAGAGCAGCACAGUCAACAUCAGUGAGACCGCAGCUCCUAAACUGCCACUCACCAUCUACCAGCCCACUGAGCGAAGAGUCCCUGACUGGAUGGGACAGAGCCUCAGUGGAGGUCUGCCAGGAGACCCACACCACUCCAUCAUCCUGGACCAGGGACCCAGGCAGGCCUCAUCAGCCAUGAAAACACAGCAAACACGGUCCCAAACAAUGGAGGCUAUCGGGGACAGGGGAGAGGCUGAGAGCGAAAGGGGGAUGAGAGGAGAAUUGACUCAAGCUCCGGGCCAGACUUCAGUUCUACAUUUCUUCUCUAAACUGCGGCGCCACGCCAGUCUAGAAGGGGCAGGGCCUUACUUCAGGAGGUGGAAAUUCGACAGCAGUCAUCGGGCUGCCAGUCUGGAUGCCAAAGGAUCACCCAAGAGAAGACCCUUCCAGAGACAGAGGGCAGCAAGUGAAACCACCGAUCACACUGAAGACGACUCUUUACCUCUUCAAGAUGAGGUCAUUGACUCUUUUCCACAGAGUCCCAUCCAGACCAGUGGCCUCCAGUCCCUCUCUGCAGAGUCUCUAUCUCACCCUGCAACUACACCCAUGUCCUCAGUCUUCCUCAGCAGGCUAAAAUUGGAGGCCAUGGUGGAGAUAGGUGGUGGCAGCAGCACCGGGAGAGAGGAACCCUGUUUGCCCACAGAUGACUGUCAUGCCCAGAGGCAAGAGAAGGCCACAACCAACGGCACAGGAGUAGAAAAAGAAACCAAACUUGGAGCAUAUGUAAAAACAGACACAGCGGGAGUCAAGCUAGAAUCCACAGAAGAUGAUUUGUUUGGGCCACAACAAGAACCUGCCAUUCAGGAAAGGUUUGAAGAUGUGUCAGGGAAAACUAUAGACACAAAGACAGAAGGUGUGGCAGGAGAUGUGAGGAAAAAGAAUGAGGCAGAGGUAGAUGACGGAGAAGACAUGGUGUUGGGAGCUGAGGCCAGGAGAAGGGCCGACUCAGGCUCAUCUCUUUCCUUCAUGAUCCGGCAGGAGAGCUCGGAAGCCCCUCCAUCCCUAUACAGAGAAAUUUGGAGUUUGCGAGCCUCUCUGGAGCAAUAUGCCUCCUCAGACCAGAGCAGCACAGAUCGGGAGUCUAUUCGCAGUGAUGCUGACAGCGUCUCGUCCUUAGGUGGUGCAGGAGCUCGUUCUGGCCUGGAUAGCUGCUUGUCCCAAGACCUGGAUGAUGACCCUGAAGGAGAAGGGGAGGGAGAGGUGUUGGAGGGGGGAAUAAGAGGGGCAUCAGGUGGGGACAGUGAGGUGGGAAGUGGAGCGGGAGGAGAGGGUGAGGCGGGUAACCGAAAGCUCCUUCAAAUGGACAGUGGCUAUGCCUCCAUUGAAGCACCAUCCAGGGCCCCUGAGGAGAUGCGGCUUUUUGGGACUCCUGGAGCCCCAAGAGGGAAGACGGCAUCUGAGAGAAGGUUGUUCUUCACCAGCUCUGGUAGAAAAGGUUCAGUGUGUGAGAGCAUCGAGGCCAAGCUGUUUCAGGAGGAGCUGGAGGAUGAGAUGGCAGGCAGCACAGAGACACUCAAGGAGAGAUCUCAAACUGGCAGCCAGUCUCUUACCAUUCAAGAACCACAUCAGCUUCUGACAUCCCUUCAUCCUCAGAAACCUCCAGACUCACAAUCACAGCUGAUGUCUCCGCUGAUGAAGCCAAUCUCACAGCCCUCUAGUCCUCACAGACCUCGCCUCCGCCGCCGUGACUACAGCAUUGAUGAGAAGACAGAUGCUCUUUUCAAUGAGUUCCUCCGUCACGAUCCCCGGUUCGACCAGCAGGACUCUCCGCUGCGCUCCAGGCACCGCUCCAGAGUUCACCUUCGGAAGCAGUGGCAGAGACACAAGCAAUACAGCGACCCAGGGUCAGGCACUGGGGGUAGGUACUCCCCAUCUUUAGAGAGGCAGAGGUUUAGUCCUCUGAGAAGGGGUGACAGCGCCGGUUACCCUCUGGACACCAGAUAUCACAGCACACUCUCACGCAUUGCCAGUGCUGCCGACGAAGAAGCCAGUGAGGUUGCAGCUUGCGAGGAAGCAGCCAAAGAGAGCACAGAGAAGAAAGAUCCAUCAAGUGAAGGGCCUGCUGGGGAUUCCAUAGAAACUGCAGCCAACAAAACAUCUGAUGGCACAGAUUCUAAAAAGAGAAGCUCUAGUUGUGCAGGGUCAAGUGAAGAGGGAAACGGCUGCCAAGUCUCUACUAACAAGGACACAGAAAGCACAUCUAGCCAGUCUUUGGCCACUGCGACCACACAAACGUGCAACAUGGAUCCAAGAGUCGACAACAGGAACAACAACAGCAGUCAGGCUAUCCUAUCUGAGGUUUCCCUGCAGGCAGAGGGCAGCCUGUCAGACAAGCUGGUCAUGUCAGUUGAAGAGAGGCUUUACGGUGGCCUGCGCAGUGCAGAGAAGCUCGGCCAGGGAGGAUCGGAGCAUGUGCUUACCGUGUCUCACACAGCCUCACCUGGCUUCAGUCCCAUAUAACCCUUCCACAAUGCCAUCUUCCUCAUCAACUUUGUUUCAGAUCCAUUGCAUACAGACCAGAGACUUUAACAAAAUGGUCUACAGCAAUUCAAACAUCACCAUGUGCUAGAUGCUGGGUCCAUCUCUGCUUCCUUUACAUUUGGACAAAUCUUCAAAAUAAAUAUUGUCUGAUAACUGAAGCAUCAUCGCACAGAUACAUUCUAAAGGACAGAAGUACCUUCUUGACAGCCAGUCUCUUCCAGCGUUUCCAUUCAGACCUUAAUUUCCACUGUGACGACAUGUGACAUGUGAUGCUGCCCCUUUUUAUUGGUAACAUUCUUUAAAUCAAACGCAUUCAUAACAUAACUUUGAAAAUAUAGACCCAUCUUUAGAAAACUUAAAUAUUUUCAGACUUAACUGUGAAUUUUCAGCAUGCUACUGUAUGUCCAAACGAUGUGUAUGUGAAUACUGUACAGUUUUAACUUUAAAACAAAAAGCACUUUGAUGGGAAGAAAGAUAAUUGAUUGAGUUUCUGUCACCCAUUUCUCUCAUUUUUAAACUAUAUCCUCCUCAAGUGUCCUUCUUGUCUCAAUCACCAUGAGGGAACAUGUAUAUGUGAGAGCUGUUGUGUCUGUAUUUGGCGAUAGGAAGAACAACGCUGACCAUGUUAAACAAAAAAAAAAAUCAUAAUUCUUACAAUGGUUUUGUGCUUGCAGCCUUCUCUCUCAUUAACACCAUAUCAGCAGAUCCGGAGACAGCACACUAUAUCGUAAAAGUAAAAACAGAU